CCUCAGCCUCCCCCUCCCCUCCACCUACGGAAGCCGCGAGGGGACGGCUAGGGCGGGACCCCCGAGCCCGGCUCGUCGCCGGAAUGUCGUUCAAGAGGGAGGGCGACGACUGGAGCCAGCUCAAUGUGCUCAAGAAACGGCGAGUUGGAGACCUGCUGGCCAGCUACAUUCCCGAGGACGAGGCGCUGAUGUUACGAGACGGGCGCUUUGCCUGUGCCGUGUGCCCCCACCGUCCCGUCUUAGAUACCUUGGCCAUGUUGACCGCUCACCGGGCUGGCAGGAAGCACCUAGCCAGCCUGCAGCGCUUCUACGGGAAGAAGCAGCAGCAUAGAGACAGAGGGGAGCAGGGCCGGCCGGUGGAAGGUCCCUUGAGGGAAGAGGAGAGUGAGGGCUGUCCAGCCCCACUGCUGGCCCAGACCCGCCUGCUGACCCAGAAGGCCUUGCGUCCUGCUGCCCCCUACAGCAGCUGCUCUAGACGCCGCCCGGACAGGUCGGCCGGGCCCGCCGCCUCCUCCGUCCCCACGGCCCUCUCCGUCCCCACGGUCACCCGGCAGGCGGAGGAGCGGCCCCCGGCCAGGGGCGCGGAGCCCCCGGCGCCCCCGGUUGGGGAGGAGCAGGAGGAGGACGGGGGAGUGGAAGAGGGGGCGGCGGCGGCCCGGCCCCCCAGCCCAGGGAGACGCCGGGCCCUGGACCACUACCUGAAGCUGCGCAGUGCCGGCUGGAUCCCCGACGGCAGCGGGCACUGGGUGAAGGACGCCAACGCCGAAUUUGACUCGGAUGAGGAGGAGCCCCCGCUUCUCCCCCCGGAUUAGCCCUCCCUCCACCCCCCCCCACCAAAUAAAC